ACUAUUCGAUAUACGCGGGAAAAUCCGAAAAAAAACGCGCCACACACGUACAUUAAGUAAAUAGAGUUCAUAUCGAGGCAGAACUGCAGAGAAAAGUCUCCAACACCUUUUCAAAGUUUGCAGUUGUCGAAGGGAUACCUUAUUCAGAAGAUUAUGUCUGUGACUGACACUCCUCUCCAAACAAUGGACACCAAUUUGAAAGCAGCCAAAGAGAAUGGCAUCACCGCCUCGACAGAGAAAAUGGACUGUGAAGGAUUUAUGCCACCCCCUCCGAAACAUGAUGAAGACCAGUACCUAGACCUAAUCAGGCACAUCCAGGCCCACGGACAUGUCAAGGGCGACAGGACUGGGACCGGAACCAAGUCUAUCUUUGGUGCACAGUCGAGAUACAAUCUCAGAGACCAGUUCCCUCUCCUAACAACCAAGCGAGUGUUCUGGAGAGGAGUGGCCGAGGAGCUGCUCUGGUUUGUGAAGGGUUGCACCAAUGCUACGGAACUCCAGGAUAAGAAGAUCCACAUCUGGGAUGCCAACGGUUCUAAGGACUUCCUCGAGAAGAGAGGCCUAGGUCAUUACGAAGAAGGUGAUCUUGGUCCAGUCUACGGCUUCCAAUGGCGUCAUUUCGGUGCUGAAUACAAGGAUCGUUUUACUGAUUACACCGGGCAAGGUGUGGACCAGCUCGCUAACGUCAUCGAGACGAUCAAGAACAACCCAGAUGAUAGAAGGAUUAUCAUGUCUGCUUGGAACCCUCCAGAUCUGCCCAAGAUGGCGCUACCACCCUGCCAUGCUUUCGUGCAGUUUUAUGUCUGUAACGGGGAGCUUUCCUGCCAACUAUACCAGAGAUCGGGAGACAUGGGUCUGGGAGUGCCCUUCAACAUCGCCAGUUACUCUCUCCUCACAUACAUGAUUGCUCAUGUGACUGGUCUCAAACCAGGAGAUUUUGUGCACACCUUGGGUGAUGCGCAUGUGUAUCUCAAUCACAUCGAACCACUCAAAGAACAGCUGAAGCGAGUUCCCCGUCAAUUCCCCAAGCUCAACAUCACGAGGAAGGUCACCAACAUUGACGACUUCAAAUUUGAAGACUUUGAGAUCGAGGGAUACAAACCAUACCCAAAGAUCACUAUGCAGAUGGCUGUGUGAGGGUCAUUCACAAUGACAGUGUGAAGGUCAUGCUCAAUGACAUUGAAAGUCAAGGACAAUGAUAUUAAACAUGCAUGACAUGCACAAGGACAAUUGAGGCUCAUUUUGAUAUGAAGCAUACCAUUCAUGCAUCAAAACUGUAUCGUAUCUGAACCAGCCUUUAAAAUGCAUGUCUUACUGUAGCAUCAUGCUAUGAAUAUCCUGCUGAUGAGAAGGUGCACUAUAUUGAAUUGAACUAUCACCCAAUCUUGAUUUUUUUUUUUAAUACAUACAUGUACAUAAGAGAUUGGUGCCAAUUUUGAUUGUCUGUAUGGUACCGUCAGUGAGGUAUUGUCUAUUGAUAUACAUGUAAUACAAAUCUAUACAAAUUCUGUUCGAUGCCUGGGAAUUAGUUCAAUGUUUGAUAUAUCCGUGCUCUUGUUGAGGCUGCCUGCAUCUUUCGUAUGAAGCUGUCAGGCUGAGUAUGAUAGGUGCAAAAACAGCCUCAAAAAGAGUUGGUAGAUCUUGUACUGAAUGAAUAAAAAAAUGCAUUAUUUGUUUUAUACAACAAAAACUCAUUGAUCCUUGUUAUUUGAGGUAAAAAGAAUCCAUUCCAAGAUUGUUUUGUGUCAUUAUCGCUGACAAACAAAAUCCCAAUGUUAAUGUGUGCACGUACCACUAUAAUGGCAGUGUCAUGCAUAUGCAGUAUAAGAAAAAUAUCCUCUGCGCAGACUGCUGUGCAUUGCAUACUUUAAAUUUGUUAAGACACUAUUGGAAACUAUCGCACGCUUCUUUAGGACAAAUAAAAACAGUGCUCGUCUCCGUAAAUAAAUCGCCCGUGACCGCGUCUAACAGAUCAUAUGAUUCGGAUCUAGGAGUGAGUAAGUUGUAUAAUAUUUAAUGUAACUGUAAAAAUAAACAUGUAUAUAUCAAUGACAAUGUUUCAUAUUUGUGGAGAUUCUGAAAUGGAUGGAUUGGAACAGUUUGUCUAUAAGACAUGAGUUCUCACAGAGAGAAAACAAAACUCAUAUAUUUAUAUUACUUAGAAUUUGUCUUGUAUAUAGAACUUUUGUAGUAAACAUUUUAAGAGUGCUUUUGUAUAAAAACCAUUCCAAUUGCUUACUGAUCUUGGAUCCUCCACAUGCACUUAAUCCUUUCGGUGCCUGCCAGCAAGGUUUUCAUACUGUAUAAGAACCAUAUGCCAAUGCUUUUGCGUCAAUAUAUGUUCAAGGUUCAAGGACAAUUUUCAAGAUGUUAAAUUUGUGUAAAGCCAUGCACAACCAUUACCAACUAUAUAUUUUUAAAUGAUUAUCAUUCUAUUUCCAUGGAUCAUGAACUCAUUACUGAGUAUCACAAUAAAAACAAAAUUAAUCUA